GGCCGGGCCCGCGCCGUUCCGGGCCAUGUGAGGCGCGGGGCCGGGCCGCGGGGCCGCAGCGGCUGCGGGAUGGAGCGCAGGAAGGUCUUCGUGGCGCUCGACGUGCUGUGCCUGGCGGUCGCGUCUCUGCCCUUCAUCAUCCUCACUCUGGUGAACUCCCCCUACAAGCGAGGCUUCUACUGCAACGAUGACUCCAUCCGCUACCCCUACAAGGCUGACACCAUCACCCACGGCCUCAUGGCCGGGGUCACCAUCAGCUGCACCGUCAUCAUCAUCUCAUCAGGGGAGGCAUACCUGGUCUACACCGAGCGUCUCUACUCCAAAUCAGAGUACAACAAUUACCUGGCUGCCCUCUACAAGGUGGUUGGCACCUUUCUCUUCGGGGGAGCCAUCAGCCAGUCCCUGACUGACCUGGCCAAGUACAUGAUCGGCCGUCUGAGGCCAAACUUCCUGGCUGUGUGCAACCCUGACUGGUCCAAGGUGAACUGCUCCAUCUAUGUGCAGCUGGAGAACGUGUGCCAGGGGGAGAGCAGGAAUGUCACCGAGUCCAGAUUGUCCUUCUACUCAGGACACUCCUCCUUUGGGAUGUACUGCAUGAUGUUCCUGGCGCUGUACGUGCAGGCCCGCCUGGUGGGGAAAUGGGCCCGGCUGCUUCGUCCCACCAUCCAGUUCCUCCUCAUCGCCUUCGCCAUCUACGUGGGCUACACGCGGGUGUCCGACUACAAACACCACUGGAGCGACGUGCUGGUGGGGCUGCUGCAGGGGGCUCUCAUUGCCGUCCUCAUCGUUCACUACGUCUCUGACUUCUUCAAGCAGCGUCCGCCCCGGCAGUGCGAGGAGAAGGACCCGGAGCGCAAACCCAGCCUGCCCCUGACCCUGACUGACCCUGAGCACAAUCACUACAGCUACAGGGGAGCCCCGUGAGCCAGCCCUGCCCCUUGCCGUGCUCCUGGCUCUGGGCACAGCUGGCUCUGGGCACAGCUGGCUCUGCCUUCACCACUGGCCCCACGGCUCCGGUGCCUCUGGCUGUCGCUGGCACGGGUGGGACAGCCCUGCCUGCUCCCACGUGCCCAUGGUGCUGCCAGCACCCUGCCCAUGGGGAGGGGAUGUCCUCCCCCUCUGUGCACCUGAGUCACACCCCAAGGCUGCUGUCCCAGCCCUCUGUGAGGAGGGAGGGAGGGGAGGGUGGCACGUGGGGGUGGAUUUUGGAUUUAUUGGGCUGGCGGAGCACAAGAGCAAAACUCCUGGGGUGGGAAGGCUGAGCUUGCCUGGGCCCAGUGUGUGUUGUCCCUGUCAGAUGAUCCAGCCAUAGACAAAUACAAAUCCUCACAGGCACAGAGGGAGCAGGAGGGCUAGCUGUAGUGUUUUGGAGAGGAUUAAAGCAAUCCAGAGCUCUUCUCUGCUCCAUUGAUUACCUUUAAGAGCAGCCCUGCCUGCCAGCAGCUGCUGAGAGCAGAGGGUGCCUGGGCAGGCUCUUCUCUGGCUGUGCCCAAUUCUGCAGUGCUGGGAGCCAGAGCUGUUUGCCCCCUGCCUGCUUCACGCCUGGCUUGGGCAAGGAGCUGCUGCUCCAGCCUUUGUCCCUCCUGCAGCUUCAGCUGAUGCUUUAGGGUGUGUGGCGGGGCUAGGGGAGACAUUUUCUGUGGUAAAGGAAAAUAAAAAUGGGGAUGUGGAGCUGUCCAAAUGUCCUGGGAAAGCGGGGGCAAUGGGUACAGAGCAGUCCCAUCACUGACACGUGGCUGCCUCCAGCACUGCAGUGCUGUGGGUCUCUUUUUAAAGUACAUGCAUUUUCAUUAUGAUGUUGUUUUUAAAUUAGAUCAUCCUUAAAGAA